CUUAUAAAGCAGGCAAUGGGAGUUUCAGAAAUACUCUGCAUCCUAGGGUGGCUUGCAAUAUUAUUUUCGAAGGAUGCUUGGUGGCUUGACAUUGGAAGAUUUUUAGUUGGAUGUGGAAUUGGGGUUCUUUCCUAUGUGGUUCCUGUUUAUAUUGCUGAAAUUACACCCAAGAAUGUUAGAGGAGCAUUUGCAUCACUUUCUCAGCUGAUGAUAGGUUUUGGCCAAGCAUUCACAUUUCUCCUUGGUUCUCUUGUCAAUUGGCGAACCCUGGCUCUAAUAGGAAUUAUCCCAUGUCUAGUAAAUCUGCUUGGCCUAUUUCUUAUUCCUGAGUCUCCUAGAUGGCUGGCCAAAUGCAGGCGCAUAGAAGAGUUUGAAGCUGUGCUGCAAGUCCUCAGGGGAGAAAAUGCUGAUAUUUCUCAAGAAGCAGCUGAUAUCAUAGAAUAUACAGAAAACGUUCAACGGAUAUCUGAAGAUGGAAUUCUAUACCUAUUCAAGUGGACAUAUGCUUAUUCAAUAACAGUUGGAGUCGGGCUUAUGGUAUUCCAGCAGCUUGGAGGACUUAAUGGGUUUACAUUUUAUACAAGUGUGAUAUUUGAGUCUGCUGGAUUUUCUAGUAAGCUUGGGACUAUAGCAGCGGCAGUUGUUCAGAUUCCAAUGACAGUUUUGGGAGUACUCUUCAUAGAUAGGUGUGGAAGAAGGCCACUCCUACUGAUAUCUGUGGCAGGAACAUGCUUAGGUUGUUUCCUCACUGGAUUGUCAUUCUUCUUGCAGGAUCUUCAAAGUGGGAAGGAGCUCAUUCCGAUUUUUGUCCUUAUUGGUGUAUUGGUUUUCUUGGGUUCUUUUCAGCUAGGCUUGGCAGGAAUACCAUGGAUUAUUAUGUCAGAGAUAUUUCCAAUAAACAUAAGGGCUUCCGCUGGAAGCCUUGUGACUUUUGUGAGCUGGAUUGGUUCUUGGAUUAUUGCUGUCACUUUCAACUUUUCAUUUGCGUGGAGCUCAGCAGGGACAUUCUUCAUAUUCGCAGGCAUAUGUGGUGUGGGAAUUUUAUUUGUUGCUAAGCUGGUGCCAGAGACCAAUGGGCGUGCACUAGAAGAAAUCCAAACUCAUAGUCUGCAAUAAUAAGAAAAGAGUAGUUAUAAAUGGCAUUAAACCCGUCAGUUUCAUUAU